CAAAGAAAUCAAUUUGGUUUAUACUAGCUCGUAAAAACGAUAUUGGAUAUUGGAAAGUUCUGGGCAGCGCAAUAUUUAUUUGAUGUGCUACUAGGACAUCUUGUGGCCACUAAAUUUUAAUGUCAAACUACACGAAAAACAAAAAACCAGAUCGGGACUUUUAUCGCCAUCCUCGGUACAACACAGCUGACGGAGAUUACGAAAACUAUAACAAUCCAGGGAAGUAUAGAAACACUGCUGUUCCAUCCACACAAACAUCUAACUACACUAAAGAUAAAAAUGCUUCUUUAAAUCCUGAUCAUUCCAGUAGGAGACCUGCAGACAGUGGAAGAAAGUAUUACGGCUCUGAACAUCAACGGGAAAACAGAAAUCGAUCCAAGAGCGAAAGAUUUGCAACAGAAACUAAAGAGAGUCGUAUAAAUGCUUAUCCAAGUUCUGCAACAAAACCGUCAGCUCAUCGUGAUGAAAGUAAAAUUGCUUCAAACGGUGGACAUUUUCAUGCACAGUCAAAGCGAGAGCACAUCCCAACCGCGGAUGUACCAAAUGUAGGACCCAUUAACAGCAAUGUAAUGGAGCCAACCAAGUCAUCCAAUACAGCGGAAAAGCACGGCGGACUUAUUCAUUUGCCAAAGAAUGUAGACAUUUUUCAACAAAAUCCUGAGUCUCACAACACCCAGAAUUCACGAGGUGUUCGGCGUGAUCCUGCUCGAUCUGAUUCAUCUAAGCCAGUUGUCGUUGUUCGUCCAAGUUUCUCCAAUUCACAUCAUUAUGCCAAACCUAACAAUACUCGGUAUGAUGUAUCCAGUAGUUCAGAACUGGCAUAUGGCACUACAGCUCAAUACAAAUUGAAGUCUGAUACUGAUAAUAAUGCAUAUAAUUAUGCUGGAGUUAACUCAUUUACCCAACAACCACAACAACCAUUAACAUCGUCAUCCUCAGCAUAUAGUAGUGAUCUUCCUGUCCCAUGGACAGAGGCUGCUAAAGCAGCUUUUCAUCAAUUUUUUAAAACUCAAACAGAAAUCAACUCAUCAUCUACGUCUUUUCAUGGUGAAAAACCAUUUUCAACAUAUCCCACGGUUAAUCAACCUACUGGUGGUAGUGGUAUAUCUUCAGGACCUGGAAUGGUUCCACCUCCAAAUGAAAUUAUAGCAUCUACUAUGCAACAGAUUGUCCAGUUAGACGCCACUUUAUCCGCUUUACUUAUCCCACCUGGGUUAUGCGCUCAAGCUAUGGUUCUGUUUGAACCACUUCAAAAUGAUCCUGAAUUAGGCAGAGAAUGGAGUGAACCUGAAGCCUUAUUUCUACGUUGGUGGGGUACUGUGAAACGAUUACGUGAAAAGCUAUUUUCACUCUUUGAAAGUGUUAUACUAUCAGAUUUAGAUUUUUGUAAUACAGCACAUGUGGAACAAGGAAUGUGGAAAUCUGUAUUCUAUACUGUGUUGGAAUCACUUCGUUCAUGGAUUGAAAAUCCACAGUCAACUCAAUUAAUUCCAAAGUUUCCAGACAGAGAUCAAGAGAGCAUAAAACUGCAUGAAAGUCAGUUAACUAGUCUUAUUCGCAAAAUUUGUCUCACUGAAGUUAUCGACUCAGGAACAAGUCAGUUGACUGCACUUCUUGAACAUAUACAAAAUCUUCAUCAUAUUCAAUUAGCUGCACUCUUGUCAGAUGGUCGACCUCCACCGGAGACAAAAUCACGAACACGUCGUUUAGUCUAUUUAAGUGCACAAAAGUUAAUGUUAUUCCUUGGUGAUUUAGCACGAUAUAGAGAAAUGUUACUUGGUGAGAGAAAUUUUGGAAAAGCUCGAAAUUGGUAUCAGAAGGCACAACUCUUAAUACCUAAAAAUGGUCGUUCGUAUAAUCAAUUAGCUGUUUUGGCUUUGUAUACAUCCAGGCAUUUAGAUGCAAUGUUUUACUAUAUGCGCACACUUGCCGCUAGUAAUCCCUUCGCUACAGCAUCACAGAGUUUAGCAGCUCUAUUCAAUGAAAUACGUCCACGCGCACAGAAUAUGAUUAUGCAGAUUCAAAAGCCAAAAUCAGAAUCCGCUCAACCGCUCUGUUCUGGAUUCACUUCGUAUAAUCCACGAUUUCAACGUGCUGAAAUCUGGAUUCAUCCAGUUGAUGGCCAGACUACUGUUAUUCAAGGUGGACGACGAUUAACACAUUUAAAUCAUAAACCAUUUAUUGAUAAUUAUAGAGGAAAUAGUACUAGUGGUAUCAGUCACAAGGGUAAACCUGGAUCAAAGUCAAAUCUAUCCACUGGCGAACAGUAUCAACAAUCUCCUGAUGCUGCCGCUGUCGGUGCUGAUAAUGAAGAUGAGGAUGAUGACGAAGAAGCUCAAGCAGAAGCUGAAGAAUAUGCAAAUAUUUCAUUAAUUGAGUUGAGCAAGCAAUUCGGCUUAGCAUUUAUACAUGCUCACGGUAAACUGUAUACAAAAAUCGGUAUGGAGACAUUCCCCGAGGUGGCUUCCCUCACCUUACAAGCCCUGUCUGGUCUAUUAGCUCAAAAACCGUGUCCAUUAUCCGCUGAACGUUUAUGUCAACUGUUCGUUGUCAAUAUGUUCAAUGUGGAUCGUGCUGCCUCGAUGACAAAUCAAACAAGCUCAUUGACAACUAGUAAUUCUGCAAAGAAUAAAAUGACUACGACUCCUUCUACUACUACUACCCAUAAUAAUGAAACGAAAGGUAAUUCUAACCAUCCAACUGGAAUUGACAAUUUCCUGCCAUCUUCACGAUUAACAGACAUUGAAACACUACGCUCCGUUCAUCAUGAUCAUGCUGCACGAUUUGCACUGGACACGUUUAGUUUAGUGUGCAGAAGAGCAGCUCAAUUACUUCAAGAGACCCCUCCAGAAGAUGCUGGUCCAGGCUGGCUUCAACCAGACGCCCGUAUCCUACUCUCUGCACUUUGUCUAUGGACUGAAUGGAUGAUAUUACAUCCAGAGCAUUGGUUACCUCCACCAAAUCAUCGUGAUCCAACGCUUCGUCCGCAUUUAGAUGAUUGGCAAUUAGUAGCUAGACUGUGCAGUCAAGCAGCUGCCUGGCUUUCACGUUAUUCGCCUACAAGACGACCAAAAUAUGAAGAGAUUACACCGACAACAUCGCUUGUUCUUCGACUAAAAGGUGAAAUAUGUAACGAUGAAAAGUUAGAAGAUGAUAUUCGAAAGUUGAGCACCUGUCAAACUCUACAAGAUGGAAGUUUGUUCAAAGCUACAUUUCUUGCUGAAGAAGUAUUUGUUGCUGGGUUUAAGCCAAUGUUAGAUUUAACACCUAAGAUGUAUCAUUACACUGGUGAUUGGGAACCUGAAACUGUUGCUGACUUUGUUCGUAUAGAAAAGUUGGUGUUAUUCGGUGAUUAUUUAUGCGGGAUUGAAACACCUGUACUCAUGUAUAAUAUUGAUCAAGGCAUCUAUGAGUCUAUUGUACAACGUGAAUCAUCUGAACGAAUUGAAGAUAAACGUGGAGACAGUAAAAUCACUGAUCGAUUGAAUACUUCAGAUGUUAGUUGUGAAAGUGAUGAUAAAUCGCAUGCUGAUGCGGUAUCCAACAAUGACAUAAAGGACACCUCAGAAGAGGAGGCAGAGGCUGAUAUCGCCGCCCUGCAACGACAAAGAGCAUUCCUUCAAAAGCAACUGGAUGAAGAAGCACGUCUGGCAACAUGGCGUCAUAAUGCUAUCAGACAAGCAGCAUCUGGUGGACAAAGAGCAGUGGAAAUUGAAGUUCGACCAAUCUACCUACUACCGGAUACAAAUUGUUACAUUGAUUGGUUAGAAGGUAUUGCCACAUUGGCACAGAAAUCAUCAAAUUACACCGUCCUAGUUCCUAUUGUUGUUGUCAAUGAACUGGACACAUUAAGUCGAUAUGGUAGUAGCAGUUCCGGUGGUGGAGGAGUAGACCGACCCUACGAAGUUGUCGGCGGUGAAGUGACACGUGCUGGUCUAAUACAAGAACGUGCAAAACUUGCUAUCGCCUAUUUGGAGCAUGAGUUUGAGCAUAGGAAUUCACGUUUACGUGCAUUGACAGCACGUGGCAGUCUAAUGGAGACAAUUGCUUACAGAAAUGAAAUCAAUGGGGGUAGAACACCUGGUCAAACAAAUGAUGAUGUCAUUUUAACGUGUUGUCAACAUUUCUCCAAAGAGGAUGCUGAUCGUUUUCAAAUGCGUAAUCUUGCUCAAUCUCUUCAAGGUGAUCAAAAUAAUCAACCAAUGCGAUUGGUUCGUGAAGUUGUCCUCCUUACAUCCGAUCGUAAUCUUCGUUUGAAAGCGUUAAAUGUGAAUAUACCAGCAAGACCAUUGAGAACAUUUGUCAAUUGGUCACGUUUACCAUUGAUGACAAUCAAUUCGACUAAUUUAUUGUCGUCAUCAGAUUCCGCGAAUUCAUCAGACAGGCAUAGUAGCAAUAAUGCCGGUAAUAAUAAAACAUUAACAGACUUUCCAAAACUUCAACCACGUGGACAAUGGAAACAACCGUUGAAGUAUUGACCAGUUAUGAUGAUUAUUAUUACCUUUAUUCAUCUUCAUUUUGUUAUUUAAGUCAUUAAACAAAAAUUCCUCUUUUAACUUCCGUUUAUCAAAUACAACACGUAUAUACAUUAUUUAUACGCUCCUCGUUCAUAUAAAACUGUACAAAAUACCAAUAUCACUAACAAAUUGCAUUUCAUAACAUUCAUAUAUACAUAUAUUUUUACUUCUAUUUGGUUUGCCAUCAAUAGCGCUCUCUUCCUUCCUCUCUCCACCUAACAUAAAUUAGUAAUUCCCCAGUAUUCUACUGUUCCAUGUUGAUAUGAAGGGAAGGUACGCUUACAUGGUAGCACGGUGCGUUGCGCGUUCCGGUGUGCGAGGAGUAGAAGAAAGCACCUGGGUUGUUAAAGAAUAAAUAAAGGUGGACAUUUCAAGCUCCCUCCUCCUCUUCGACGGCAAUUAAAAGAGAUUUUAAUAAAUAAGCAGUUAGAAAAUUCCCCAUGUAAUCUUUUAUAGAAAGGUUGUAGUUUAUGCGCUCAUCACACUGAACAUUAUAUCUAUUAUAUGUAUACCUUGUAGUAUUAUUUUGUAAAAUUGUCAUUUCCUCCCCACGUCCCCGCUCCCCGACAGCGUCGUUUUGUUUCCUCUUGCAGUGUAAUUAAUAUUUGUCAUUAGUUCUUCUGUCUUCGUGUGUGUGCGCGUGUGUGAAUGAGGGUUAUUCACCAAAUAGUUUUCCUCAUCAUCAUCAUUCUUUUUGUAUAGUUUGCUCAGAUUAGUCAUAUAACCACAACCAGUACUACCAUUAUCAUCAUUAUUAUUACUACUACUAAUUAUAACGACAGUAAUAUAUACGCAUACCACUUACUUGUAUGCAUUAUUAUCCUUUAAUCUUUCAUAUUUUGAAUUGUUUCUUGGUAUAAAAGCCAGAAGAAGUAUAGGGCAUUAUUUAUUAUUCUUUAUUUGUAAUGAUAGUUAUGCGUUGAUGGUAUAUUAUUAUUAUUAUUAUUAUUAUUAUUAUUAUUAUUAUUAUU